AUGACCGACAGUAAGGUCCCUCAGCCGGGACCGGCCAAGUUGAAGCGCAAUGCGGGCCCCGAUGAGUGGCUCGAGGCCGCCAAGGACUGCAAAUACCUUUCCGAGGCCCACAUGAAGCAGCUUUGUGAGAUGGUCAAGGAGUAUAUGAUGGAGGAAUCGAAUAUUCAGCCUGUUUCCACGCCCGUCACCAUCUGCGGUGAUAUCCACGGCCAGUUCUACGACCUUCUCGAGCUCUUCCGUGUCUCCGGUGGGAUGCCCGAUGGCUCGCAACUCGAAGCCCCCAAAACCUCCCCCCCCGUCAUCUCUUCUGCCGAUAUCGAGCCCCCGUCCACUAUCACAGACCCCAAGAUCCGGAAGAAGUUACGAGGCCCCAACAGUUCGAACGAGGACGAGGAGGAAGCCCAGCGCAGCCGAUCCGGGAGCCAGACAUCGGAGGUUCAGCUGAACCGUAACUUUGUGUUCCUGGGUGAUUACGUGGAUCGUGGAUACUUCAGUUUGGAGACAUUGACGCUAUUGCUCUGUCUCAAGGCGAAGUAUCCUGAUCGGGUCACGUUGGUGCGUGGCAACCACGAAUCCCGCCAGAUCACGCAAGUCUACGGAUUCUACGAGGAGUGUUUCCAGAAGUAUGGAAGUGCUUCCGUGUGGAAGGCCUGCUGCCAGGUUUUCGACUUCAUGACCCUGGGCGCCAUCAUCGACGGCAAGGUCCUAUGCGUCCACGGUGGACUCAGCCCGGAAAUCCGUACCCUGGACCAGGUACGCGUGGUAGCUCGUGCACAGGAAAUCCCCCACGAAGGUGCAUUCUGCGAUCUGGUGUGGUCCGAUCCCGACGACGUGGAAACGUGGGCAGUCAGCCCUCGCGGAGCAGGCUGGCUAUUCGGUGAUAGAGUGGCGGACGAGUUCUGCCAUGUCAACGACCUCUCGUUGAUUGCUCGUGCCCAUCAGCUGGUGAACGAGGGCUAUAAAUAUCACUUCUCCAACCAAAACGUCGUCACCGUGUGGAGUGCUCCCAACUACUGCUACCGAUGUGGUAAUUUGGCUUCGGUCUGUGAGAUCGGCGACGAUCUCAAGCCCACCUUCAAGCUGUUCAGCGCCGUCAGUGACGACCAACGGCAUAUGCCCACCUCGCGGCCGGGCCGCAGCGAGUACUUUUUGUAA